CCGGCUUCCUCCCUCCCCCUUUAAAUAAAAGAGAGCAUCGCUUUCAAAGUGUCAGUCUCUUGCUGAACUUGCCACUCUCUCCCAGAGUUCUUGAAUCUGAAAAAUAUUCAUCAUGGCAAGCAAAAUGGUGAUUCAGCAGCCCAAGCCAUUGGUAGUGGCUGCCGCAUCAGAUCAGUGGACCACCAGCAUCUGCGAAUGCGACAACGUCAAUGAAUGUUGUUUCUCUGUGUGGUGUUUCCCUUGCUUUGCCUGCAUUACUGCCAGAGACCACGGAGAAUGUCUCUGCCUCCCUCUCCUGGACAGCUGCGGGUGUAUUCCUCCAAUCACUCUUUCUAUGAGGGUUUCCACACGCCGGCGUUAUGGCAUCACGGACUCUAUCUGUAAUGACUGCGUGUACUCUUACUUCUGCGGACCGUGCUCAUGGUGCCAGAUCAGACGGGAGAUGAAGGCAAGACUCCAUCCUGUCACUCUGUUCAACAACAGGCCUACCUAAAAAAAAUCACCUUCAUCUUCAUCGCCUUCAUUAUCAUUUUCACAGUACAUUCUCUAAAGCACUCGUUGUCCUUAUCGGAUCACAGUCGUGUCAAUCCAAAAAAACAAAGACUUGCAUGUUCUACGGUUGUAAUCACAGUUUCUGAUCUUCCUCCCACACGCACUGACCUGAGAUCAGCCCUUUGGCAUGGAACUGUAGUGGAAUGUGUUUUACAUAUUGUAAAUGUACAGCUGGCGUGCAGCUUUAAUCCAGGAAGCAAAGAAAUGUGAGCAGCGGAUUCUCCUAAGAAAUAUGCAGAUUUUAAUGUUAUAGCAUAAUUUUAUAGUCACUUUUUGAAUUUCAUUUUUAGCUGUAGUUAGUUAUGUAGUUAGUUUAAUUUUAUUAUAGAAUGUUGUAAUCUGCUUUAGUUUUUAAAGACAGCAUAUUCCUACCAAUGUAUCUCACAAUAUGUAUCUUUAUAAAAUAUCUGCUUAAUAUUUUUUUCACUGUAGUUGAUAUAUUGAGCCAUUGAUAUGUGACACUGGAGGUUUGAUAUUACUGAAAAAUGUUCUAGUGCGUAUUUUUGCAGACCUGUAAAUGAUUGUAGAAAAUAUAAAAAUAUGUUGGGACACUCAAUAAAGCUGAUUGAAAACAUAA